GGUCGCGAGGUGGGAGCGCGCGCUGCCCGACUGUCAUGAUCAAUGGCGAUGCCAAGCGCGAGGGCCUCCGACUCAGCUUCUACCGCAGCUUCAGUGCGCCGAGCGGGACGGCGACGGUGACGGCAGAGCCGCCGGCGGCGCCGCGGCCUCCGGUCGUCUCGCUCCCGGCUUCGCCAAGCGCCGAAGCCGCCGAGAUGAAGAAGGCGAUGGUGCUGAGUCGGACACGACAGUGCAGCGGCGACGAACUCUCCAAGCGACUGGCCUCCGGCUGCAACAGCACGUUCGCGCUGCUCGACGUGCGUCCGUUUAUGGCGUUCAACACGUCGCACAUCCAAGGCGCCAUCAACCUCAACUGCAUGGACCGCUUCAACCGGCGCCGCCUGCAGCUGGGCAAGGCGUCGCUGGCCGAGCUGGCCGCCAACAAGGAGGGCAAGGACCUACUGAGGCGGCGCACUAUCCGCGAGUUUAUCGUCUGCGACGAGUCGACGGCCGAUCUGGCGCUGCUGCCGCCCAGCCACCCGCUCUUCAUGGUGCUGGGCGCACUGCUGGAGGACAACCGGGAGCCGGUGCUGCUCAAAGGUGGGAUGGAGGCGUUCGGGCGUGAGUUCGCCGAACUGUGCGGCUCGGAGCUGAGCCCCGCGGCGACGGACGGCCCGGACGCGGCCGCCCAGCUCCGCGAGCGGGCCGACCAGAUCCAGCGGGCGCCCGUCACCGAGAUCCUGCCCUUCCUCUACGUCGGCAGCCAACAGGACGCCAAGGACCUGGUCGGGCUGAAGAGCUGCGGCAUCACGCGCGUGCUGAACGUGACGGCCCACGUGCCCGGCUACCACCAGGAGCAGGGCAUCAGCUAUAAGACACUGCCGGCGGCCGACUCGGGUCAGCAGAACAUCAGCCAGUACUUCGACGAGGCCGUCGAGUUUAUCGACUGCGCCCGCCGCCUGGGCGCGCGCGUGCUGGUGCACUGCGUUGCCGGCGUCUCCCGUUCGCCCACCAUCGCCAUCGCCUACAUCAUGAAGCGCCUGCCGAUGAGCAUGCUGGAGGCGUACCAGCACGUCAAGGCGCGCCGGCCGAUCAUCAGCCCCAACCUGAACUUCAUGGGUCAGCUGCUGGAGUGGGAGCGUCGGCUGCGUCCGGACGGGCGCACCGAGCCGCGCCUGCCGGGCGCCUGUCGGCCCCUGGAGGCGUGCACCAGCUGACCGCCCGGGCGGCCGCCCCUUGCGUCAGUGCAUCUGAUCUCAGUGUGUGGCAGCGGCUGGCGCGUGGGUGCAGCAGCUCUGUGAGCGGUGCUCGCCGGCUCCGGCGAAGGGGGAGGCGGUGGGGGGCGCGGCUCGGUCAGCUGGCGGUGUUUAAGACACUAGCCGCGGUCUGCUCGUGCGGUUGUUGGUGUGGUGUCGUGAUGUGCCGCGCCUCGUUUGGCCCCGUUGACAGCGCCAUCCAGCGGACAGUUUCUGUAGUAGAGUUUGGUAAGCUGUCCGCCACUGCGCUGAACGGGACGCGCCGGACCCACGCAGUUUGCGAGCGUGUGAGCGGGUGUGUGUAUUUAUUGUCACAUGCCUUAUUCAGUCACGUGCGACUUGGACCUGGCCGCCCGAGCUGUGCGCAGAUCCUUGUCGUCCUGUAGCAUCUACCAAUGACGUGCCCUUUAAAAACUGAGCGUGAAUAAACCAGGGAGACGAAA